GUUCGCGAACGACAUCGUUGUUAUUAAUUAUUCAUAGCCAUGUCACUGAGCUUGUCAAAUAAAAAAACAAUAAAAAUGUUUAGUGGUAAUUAGUCUUUUCCCUGAAAAUUGGUGAUAAAGUGAUAAAAUUGGAUUUAUUGUACUAAAUUCUGUUGUUUUUAAACAAAAUUUUUGCCUUCAAAAUAAUUGUUCUUGACAGUGACCAACUGUUCCUAUACUUAAUACAAAAUGUUUAGACAAGCUUGUAAGUAUGCAACAGCUCAAACUAAAAUAUUGAGUGAACCUCUGAAAUCUCACACUGAACUGAUGCCAGCAUGGCAAUUUCAAAGUUUUGGGGGAUUGGAUCAGUUGAAAUUAAAUAAUGUUGUUGUUCCUCAACUAAAGAAACCAAAUGAUGUUCUCGUGAAGAUACAUGCAACUUCAGUCAAUCCUUUAGAUGUUGCUAUGAUAGGAGGAUAUGGAAAUGUUGUUCUUGAUACUCUUAGAAAAUGUGAUUUUAAUAUGGAAUUGAAAAAUUUACCUUUAAUAACUGGAAGGGACUUCUGUGGCGAAGUUGUUUUAAAAUCAUCUAAUGUUAGAAAUGAUAUAAAGGUUGGAGAUUUUGUGUAUGGAGCUGUUCCUCCUCAUUAUCAAGGAUCACAUGCAAGCUAUCUUGUUAUAGAUGAUCAUAUGAUGAUUCAGAAACCAUCAAGUUUAAACGAAACAGAAGCUGCAUCAAUUCCUUAUACUGCUUUGACCGCUUGGUCUGCUUUGAAAAUUAGUGGUGAUUUAGCAAUAUCUGAUCCUAAGACAAAAAAAGUUCUAGUUAUUGGAGCCUCUGGAGGUGUUGGAACUGCUGCAGUUCAACUCUUGAAGGCUUGGGGCUGCCAGGUGGUAGCGACUUGUGGCACUAAUGCAGUUCCACUUGUUAGAAGUAUGUCACCAGAUAUUAUUAUUGAUUAUCAGCAGAAAGAGGCCAUGAGAGAAAUAGAAUUGAGUGGCAAAUAUGAUAUUAUACUUGAUGCUUCAGGAGCUGUGAAUUAUGUAUCUUAUGUGCCAUUUUUAAAGGAAUGGUCUAAUUCGAAAUUCAUUACAUUGAAAUCGCCAUUUCUUUCAAACACAGAUAGUUUUGGUCUUCUAGGAGGACUAAUUAAAAAUGCAUCAGAUCUACUGACGUACAACUUAUCAUCAAAUGUUCUUGCGAAAGGCUGUACUGUGAGAUGGGGUUUUUUCGCACCAUUGGGAAUGGGGAUGACAGAAAUUGGCCAACUCGUAAAAACUGAACAAAUAAAACCAAAAAUUGAUUCUACCUUCCUAUUUGAAGACAUACCGAAAGCAUUUAAGAAAGUCAGUGAUGGACACCUUAGAGGAAAAGUUGUGGUUUCUCAUACAAAAGACUGAUAAAUUAUUUAUUAUAUUUUAAUGCUUUAUUAUAUGUUUCAUUUUUGUUGUAUUUUUUUUUUGUCAAUGUGUGUUUAGCCUAAGUUGAUUUUUGCAAAUUAUUAAAUACUAAAGUCUUAACUUUUUUUUUUAAUUUAACAUGUAUACCAAUCCUAAUCUGGUCUGUCGUUUUUUUUUUUUCUAGAGACAUUAAACUUGUUUUAAAAAUA